AUUUAAAUUCAUUUCAUUCAAAUUUCAAAUUCAUUCAUUUUCAAUUUUGUCUUUACAAAAUUGCCGGUGCUAAAGUUUACGUACCAAAUAAUUAAUCUAUUUUAUAUAAAAACAAUGUCGGUGCAAAGUGUGUUGAUAGAUUUUUCCUUAGAUUCGGCUCGUUUGGCUGAUGAAAGUGGUCAAAAAUCUGUAUUUGAACAGUUGCAAACAUUGCUGAAAGAGUACAUUCCUAAUCUUUUAUUAGCCGCUGAAAUUAGUCUAGAUGGUGGAUCCCUGAAAAUUUUAACUGGAACGAAAGGUGUUACAGUUUCUAUAAGACUGUUUGACCGAGGUCUGGUUACUAUAAAUGUUGAAUAUUACAAAGACGACAGCGAAGACCCAUUAAUCACUUUCAAGUUAGCAAAAGAAUUGGAAAGUAAGCUGAAAAAACAUAUCAAAGUAUUGAAAUCGCAGGCAUUACCGCCAUUAAAAAGAUGCCUAUUCGGUAGAUAUCUUCCAUCAUCAGAUGAAAGACUACUUGAGUAUGAUAUUGAUGCAACUCUAUUUGAUGAAGUGUCGCCAUUCCAACGAGUGCAAAUUGUCCACUCCAAGAUACUUGGCAAUAUGUUGGUGCUGGAUGAUUUACAGAAUAUUUCAGAAGCGGAUCUAGUUUACACAGAAACAUUAAUGCAAAGAGGCAAAGAAAGCUACGAGGGAAAAGAAAUCGUUAUUCUCGGUGGUGGUGACGGUGCUCUUCUGUACGAACUGCUGAAGGAGAAACCUCGCUAUGUCUGGAUGCUGGAAAUAGAUGAGAUGGUGAUGAAGGCCUGCAACAAGCACCUUAAUUCCAUCUGCGGAGAUGUGCUAGAGCGGCGGAAGGGGUCUAACUAUGAGAUAAUAGUCGAAGAUUGUAUGUUAACUGUGAAGAAAUUUAUAAUGGAAAACAAGAAAGUGGACUACAUAUUCGGUGACCUGACUGACAUUCCGAUCUCUGACGCGCCUUGCGGGGAACUUUGGGAGUUUAUGAUUAACAUCUUGAACUCGGCCUUUAAAAUAUUGAAGCCAACUGGGAAAUUUAUGACCCACGGUAAUGGGGCCACAUCUUCUGAUUCCUUGGAGAUGUAUGAACAAGUGCUGAUGAAAAUGAAGCCAUCCGUCACAUUCUCCAAGACUAAAGCCUUUGUGCCUUCGUUCUAUGAGGACUGGAUAUUCUACCAGAUAGGAUUCACACAAGAAUAACACGUAAUAUGGAAUUGUAAAUGUGAAAUUGUGUAUUAACUUGCGGGUACUUACAAAAAAACGUUUAAAAACGGGUAGACGACAUGUUUUGAGAAAUCUUAUAUCCGGUACGAUUUUGAAAACUCAUGUAUUAAAUUUCAAAAACAAUUUCACAUUUAUAACAUUAAUUAGUAACAAAACACAUCUCAUACAAAGAAGGGUUCCUAUAUAAAACGGAUCGUAGCUGAAUCGUUCCUAUUAUCCCUUAACUUUCUAAUCGAAAAACCACGUUUUGUACCAAUAUUAGUUUAAGACUUCACGUUUGCCUCGACCAAAUAGUUUUGAUACAUUUUACCUUAGGUUAUAACAAUACUGUUUGUAAGGGUUUUAUAAUGCUAUUACCAAACUUCCACUAGAAGCUAUAAAUUGGGUAAAAAGGAUAUAAACUAAAUCAUAACUAGAGAAAAUAAAUACUGAGACCAGAUGGAAACCAUAAAUUUGCCCAACACUAAGACGAAAAAAAACAAUGUUCUCAUUUCGUUAUAAGAAUAAAGACAUAAUUUCGUAAAUUACACAAACAAACGCUGUUUCGUGUAAAACAGGUACACGCACAUACACACAUACACGGAUGUAUUUAGUCUUUUUUUCGACGCUCUAUCUAGAAACCCUUUAA